GUGUACUGAAAUUCUCUGUGGAGGGAGCCAGGCCUGGGCAGGAGAUACAGGGAGAAAGGAAGGCCCGAGUAGAGGGGUGAAGCCCCAAAUGUCCAAUUUCCUUUUCUGGCAUGAAGCCAAUUUCUUGCUGAAAAAUGGACAAAGGGAAAGAAUGGGGGAAAAGAAAAGCCAGAGUCCCCCCCAACCUACUUCCUCUCCCCCUUCCUCCCCUGUGGGAGUAGCUUCUGCCUUCCCUCAACCUGGGGCCCAGCCCCUCAGGAAAACCCAAGCUGGGCCAUUAAGAAACUACUUCCCAAUGGCACCUGCCUGUCUGCCCCCGAUCUGCUCAACUAGAGUGGGGGCAGGGGGCCUGUAGGGCAGUGUGGAGAAUGGUCCCAGACACUGCUGUGAGGGUGGCAGGAUGUGGAAAUGGGGGUCUCACUGAGGGCAUGGGAUGCCACCCAGGUGAGGUGUCUUGGUUGUAAACAGUCAUUACAGCCAGGAAUUUCUUUCUUGGCUGUGGUGUCAGAAGGGCAGACCUGAAAAACCUGCUGGGCCCGCCUCUGGUUGUUGAGGGUGCCCUCUGCGGCUCUCCUGCUGAGCCCAUCCUGAGGCACCAGUGGGGAGACACAUGGACUGGUGUUGGGGUGUGUUUGGGAGGGGGCUGCUGGGAUCCCCUUUCCUACCAUCUCUGGGUGGGGACAGGGCAGCCAUGGGCCCCAAGGAAAUGAGCAGAGAAGCAAGCAGAGGCAGAGGUUUGGGAGCUGGGUGUGGGGGUGUGGGGCGUUGACCCUGUGUCUAGCCUGCCCAGUGACCCCAUGAGUCAGGCCAUAGCUAUGUCCCCAGGUCAGGCUGACAGGGUGGAGCUGGGGUUCCUGUCUGAAGCCUGUGUUGACUUCCAGGAUGCCAUAAACUCCUGGGGAAGGAAGGCUCAAGGCAACGUAGUGUGGGAUGUGGACCAGUCCUGGUGAAUGGGCCCACUGGGUAGGAGUUGAAGCUCCUGUUAGGGUGGAGGAGCAUUUAGGGGAGACUUGGGAGAGCUCUCAAACCCAGAAGGGGGCUGGGGAAGAAGGAGCCAAGGGGCAGAGGAGGCUGAGCUGGGACUUCAAGGAAACCCCACUGUGCUGGCAAUGUCAGACCUUGGAAGGCAAGACUCCUGACUGUGGUCCAUGGGCCUCUGAGGAGGCGUUGUAAGUCUGCCCAGCUCCCCACUUGCUGUGCUCCCACUCAAUGGGAAGGGAACCAAGGCCUUGUCCAGCCAUCAGCCACAGCCUCUCGAGAGCACCAGGAUGGAAGUCAAAGGUCAGCUGAUCAGCUCUCCCACCUUCAGUGCCUCAGCUGCCCUGUUCGGAGAGGCUGCUCCUCAGGUGAAGUCAGAGCGUCUUCGGGGGCUGCUCGACCGGCAGCGGGCCCUGCAGGAGGCCUUGAGCCUGAAACUUCAGGAGCUACGCAAAGUGUGUCUCCAGGAGGCGGAGCUGACUGGCCAUCUGCCUCCUGAGUGCCCACUGGAACCUGGUGAACGGCCCCUGUUGGUCCGCCGGCAGCCCCCUGCAACCCGAGCCUACCCUCCACCACACCCCAACCCUGCACACCACUCCUUGUGCCCUGCUGAGGCACUGGCUCUUGAAGCCCUGGAGCGUGAGGUGUCAGUGCAGCAGCAGAUUGCGGCAGCCGCCCGCCGCCUGGCCUUGGCCCCUGAACUGAGCGCAGAGCAGCGCCUGCGCCGGCGCCAGGUCCAGGCAGAUGCACUGAAGAGACUGCAGGAGCUGGAGAAACAGCUUGGGGACUUCCGGGCCCGCCUCAGCCUUCCGGUGCUCCCACUGCCCCAGCCUCUGCCACUGUCCACAGGGGCAGUUAUCACUGCCCAGGGAGUCUGCCUGGGCAUGCGCCUUGCCCAGCUCAGCCAAGAGGAUGUAGUUCUGCACUCAGAGAGCAGCUCCCUCUCAGAGUCUGGAGCAAGCCAUGAUAAUGAGGAGUCCCAUGGCUGCUUCCCUUUGACGGAGCGCCCCUCACCGCCCAAGGCCUGGGACCAGCUGCGGGCUGUUUCUGGAGGCAGCCCUGAGUGGCGAACACCAUGGAAACCACUGCUGUCUGAUCUCUAUGGGGACCUGAAGAGUAGGCGCAACUCUGUGGCCAGCCCCACCAGCCCAACACGCUCGCUGCCCAGGAGUGCCUCCAGUUUUGAGGGGCAAAGUGUGCCUGCCACUCCUGUCCUCACCCGGGGCACUGGCCCCCAGCUCUGCAAACCUGAAGGUCUCCAUUCUCGCCAGUGGUCUGGCAGCCAGGACUCCCAGAUGGGCUUCCCCCGGGUGGACCCUGCCUCCGACCGUGCAACCCUCUUCGCAGCACGCACCCGCCGCAGCAACAGCUCUGAGGCCCUGCUGGUGGACCGGGCAGCUGGCGGGGGAGCUGGCUCCCCACCUGUGCCUGUGGCUCCCCCUGCCGCUGGCCCCCCGGUCUGCAAGAGCAGUGAGGUGCUGUAUGAGCACCCCCAACCAACCCCUGCCUUCUCCUCCCGCACAGCUGGCCCCCCAGACCCUCCCCGAGUUGCCCGGCCUAGCUCAGCUGCCCCUGCCUCCCGUGGGGUUCCCCAGCUCCCACCUGUGUGUGGAGACUUCCUCUUGGACUAUUCCCUGGACCGGGGCCUGCUCCGCAGUGGGGCAGGCUGGGGCGAUCUGCUGCCUGCAGCUGAGGCCCCAGGACCCCUCUCCUGCCGGGAUGGGCUCCUCGCCAUGCUCCCAGGCCCACCACUUGUAUAUACAGCUGAUGGCAGCAGCCCCCUCCUCCGUAGCAAGGACCCCCACACCCGUGCCACCCGCACCAAACCCUGUGGCCUGCCCCUGGAGGCCGCCGAGGGUCCAGAGGUGCAUCCAAACCCUCUCCUGUGGAUGCCUCCGCCCACCCGUAUCCCCCCAGCUGGUGAGCGCAGCGGCCACAAGAAUCUUGCUCUGGAGGGGCUGCGGGACUGGUACAUCCGGAACUCGGGCCUGGCUGUGGGGCCCCAGCGCCGGCCUGUGCUCCCCAACAUGGGCCCACAACACCCACCCUUCUUCCAUGCCCGCUGCUAUGAGGUGGGCCAGGCGCUGUAUGGGGCCCCCAGCCAGGUGCCGCUCCCACACUCGAGGAGUUUCACAGCGCCCCCUGUCUCUGGCAGAUACUACACGGACUUCCUGUACCCCCCGGAGCUGAGCGCUCGCUUAACUGACCUGACGCUAGAGGGGGAGCAGUCCUCCAGUUCUGAUCCCCAGACCCCUGGGACACUGGUCUGAUCCCUUCUGAUAUGCCCCUUGUUAGCUUGGCCAUGACUCUCCAGUCUGAGGACCACACAGCUGACCUUGCUGAGCCCUGGGGUAUGGUUUCUCUCAAUCCUGGGGGUGCCAACCCAAUCUUCCAAGGCCUCUGGCUCCCAGGGACUCCUAAAGAUGUCUGACACCCUGCUUCUUCUCUCAUACUGCUGGGAACUGGGGGGCCCUCAGCUACUUAAAACAGGCGGUGUGGUGUAAUGGGGACUCCAAGCCCCUUUCUCCAUUUCUGUUUACAGUUGUGAUUUAAGUAUUCACUGUCUUCCCCCAGUACUAGACGUUUUAUAAAAGGGAAACUGUGAUCUCAUCCUGGUUGCUUUCAUUCCUGUCCACAUGCCCAGCCUGUUCCAUUCAGGAACCCUCUCCAUAAAAUAGACCAUGUAGGGUCUCAGGGCUCUGUUUGGGGCAGCCAGGAAACUGUGGUGAGAACAGAGCUCCCUGCCCAGAGCUCUCCACCAGGACAGUUCUUGGGGAGGUGGGCUCUCUGCCUAUUUGGAAGGACUGAAGUCUGGGUGGUGGUGUUGGGUUCAUUUUCCCACCCCCAGGGGUGCCUAAAGGAGGCCCAGUCCCUGUCUGUCUGUACCUGCUUCCUCUGCCCAUAUGGUGAGAUGGCCCAGCCUUUGGCAGCAGCCUCUGCCCUAUCACUAAUCAGGAGGCUCUGCAGGAGGGCCAUAGGGCAGAGCCAUCUGGUGUGUUGUAUCCUGGGAUGCUGCGGUGGUGGAACCUGGCAUCCAGCAGAUGCCAGUAAAAUCCUCAGGUGAUGGCUGGCCAUGAGUUACGUCAUGUCUUCCCUGGCUUUCUUUAUAUCCACCACUUUUUAAACAAAUCCACACACGCCAUUUUCUAUAAUAUCUAUCUGUGACUUUCCAGAGCUGGGGGUCCCUCUACCCCCUUUACCUGGUGUUAAACUUUUCUUUUUGUACCAGUGGAUCUCAGCCCCAAACACUACCUACAGUGGAAGGGAAUUUCUGUAAUAAACGUAUAAACCGAA